UCUUCCUAUCAUGCGUCUUCCAUGUUCGAGUCUAAUUUUAGCUUUGCUUAGCGCUAGGCUGCUACAAUGCAACCUCUCUCAAUGUUUCCAAACUCAACAACUUCAACCAUCUUACCACGAUGGCACCACGAAAGCAGACAGUUUCGCAAGACACACUACCAACCAAAAUACAACUACGUCCAAACAAGUCUGCAAACGACAGCAGGCCACACUUCCGCUUCCUCGACCUCUCACCCGAAAUCCGCAAUAAUGUCUACAACAAAAUCAUCGAGAAUUCCUCAUUGAUCCUUCCACGCAACAAUAUCAAUCGCGAUCUAAUCUCAACUUCAGCCUUCUCUCGCGUCAGCAAAACCAUCCGCUCUGAAUUUCUCCCUCUCGCACUCAAAGCAACCCCCAUCAUCAAAAUAGCAGUGCGCAACUGGGAUUUCAGCCACAUCGUCAAUUUCUUGAACCGUCUAAGCGAUGAUGAGCUCGAGAUGCUUAUCUCAAAGCAGCGUAUGAGGGUAGGUUUUUGGUUUAGUGGGGAGAAAGCUGAUCCAUCGGGGUUGAUGAGGUGGGUUGAACGGUUCGAUGAUGGGAGGCGUGGUCAUGGGAUUGUAUUUGAGUAUACGUGUGCGAAGAAGAAGUUCGCGAGGGAGAACUGGGAUGUUGCUGGGUUUCGGGCUUGUGCGAGUGGUGGGUCAAAUGGAUGGGUGCAGUUUGAGAUGAUAGCUGAGGUCUUCGAAUAAAGGACGGCUGGUGUAGAAAUGGUGUUCACUACUAGCGGUGCUUCUGUGUUCAACAAACUCUUCGUAAUCGCAGUAUAUGAUGUAAA